CAAAAGCAAAAGCAACUGUUUUGCCGCUUGCUUUUAUGGAAUUGUGAUAACGUUUCAAUUUAUUGUAAUUUUUCUGUGUAAAUAUAGCUUCAGUAAUCGUGUUUUUCCUGGCGAAAAAAGAUCAAAUAGAUAAAAAGCUUAGAAAUAUUUGUAACUGACAUGUGUAUUAGGGAAUUAUUUUCCAACUGGUUAAAACGUCACAUGUAAGUUCGGAAACUAUGGAUAAUAUUGCUGAAAUCGCUGUUCAAUGUCGUCUGUGUGGUUUGUAUUUCUGCCACCAAAAUCCGAUGAGCAUAUUUAGUUCCGAUGUUCUCAGUAAGCUAAAAGAUCUUACUGGUUUAGAGCUACAUGAAGAGGAGCACCAGCCGCGUCACAUUUGUUCAACUUGUUUGAAUGAAUUGAAGGUGUCCAUUAAGUUCAAGGAACGCAUUCUUCGGAGCCGCCAGAUUUUGGUGCCAACAACAGAAGAUACAAUUGACCAAGACCUGGAGUCUGAAAUAUCAAAUAAGGAUAAGAGGGUUUCUCAUGUAAUCUGGAAGACUCAGAUGAUGAAAUGGAUACUAUAA